AUGCAGCAGAAUGCUGAAGCAAGCACGAGCCGUGGCGCGGCUCAGUCACCGCCUACCGCUGACACGAAGCCGAAACGCUCCCGGCGGAUCUACGAUGUCGAUGAUCGCACCACCAAAACCGACGUAGGCUCCUCACCCGGCACGCAAUGGACGCUCUCCUCCUACAAACCCGGCUCUGGCGUGUCCGAACUCCGUUCUCCCGAUCUCACCAAACUCUGGCAAUCGGACGGCAACCAACCGCAUCUGAUCAACAUCCAAUUCGCCCGUCGCACCUGCGUCACCCACCUCUCGAUCUACCUCGAUGUCAAGCAGGACGACUCGUACACUCCGACCAAGAUUGCCGUUCGAGCGGGGACGAAUUACCACGAUCUGACGCUGGUGAGGCAAAGAACGUUUGAUACGCCGCAAGGAUGGAAGCACUUUAGCAUGACAAUAGGCAGCGUGGAUGCGAGUGUCAAUGAGGAGGAUGAGGACGGACAGGAAGGGGAAGAGGCCAAGGGAGAGGAUGGGGAGGAUGAGGACGAGGAGGAUGGUGGAGAUGGGAUCCGGGUGUGGUUGAUCCAGGUGUGUAUCCUGGCUAACCAUUUGAAUGGCAAAGACACGCAUAUUCGUCGGCUCGUUGUGUUUGGGCCCAAGACGAACGGUGCACCUGCUGGGGGGGAUGCAGGGACGAAACGUGCGCCUACGAACGGGUUGACGUAUGCCAUGCCGCCAACGAAGACUCGAACAGCACUCUCAUCCAGUGGCAACGGUCAGGAUGUCACGCUGGCUCAGCUGCUCUCAAUACAGUCUGCGGCGAGAGAAGGGGAGGCAGCACAAGGCGAAGAUGAAGAAGGCGCAAUCGGCGGUCCUGCGCGGAGGUCUGCGCUCAACCUGUUCGGCAACAUACGGUGA